UCUCUCUCUCUCUCUCUCUCUCUGUAGAUAUGGAAGAAACGCAAAACUUAGAAAUUUGGAAGAGGGAAGGUAAGAAAAAGAUAGUAUGAGGGACAUGGAGGGGGAGGAUCGAAGAGAUCCUCCGUCACAAGGGGAGAACUUCCUUCUCAAUCCCCAUUCUUCUCCAAGAAAACCAGGAGGAUGGAAAGCAAUCGCAUAUAUUCUAGGUAACGAAUCGUUUGAGAAAUUGGCUUCUAUGAGUUUGAUAGCCAAUAUAACAGUGUAUCUGCGUACCGAAUAUAACAUGGAAGGGAUAUUUCUGGUAAAUGUGGUUAGCAUAUGGUCUGGCUCCUCCAGUUUUACAUCAUUAGCCGGUGCUUUCCUCUCUGAUGCUUAUCUAGGCAGGUUCCUCACCCUCCUGUUUGGAUCAAUCUCCUCAUUUCUGGGCAUGGGAAUGGUAGCCCUAACAGCAGGAUUACCAAAUCUUAGGCCCCCAUCAUGUCCAGAGGAAUCGGACUGCACCCAGCCUAAGCCAUGGCAACUCAGCGUCCUCUUUGGUGGUCUUGCCCUACUUGCCCUCGGCUCGGGCGGCAUCCGGUCGUGUAACAUAGCCUUCGGGGCCGAUCAAUUCGACACCAAAACAGAGAAAGGAAGAACACAGCUCAAGAGCUUCUUCAACUGGUGGUACUUCUCGUUUACCGUCGCUCUCCUGAUAGCGCUCACCGUCGUCGUCUACGUCCAGACUAACGUCAGUUGGUUUCUGGGGUUCGUCAUUCCCACCGCGUGUCUUGCCGUCUCCAUCACCAUUUUCUUGCUUGGACGCCGUGUUUACGUUUGCAUGAAGCCGCAGGGGAGCGUCUUCGUUGACAUUUGCAAGGUUAUCAUCGCGGCCUGGAGAAAGAGGAAGGUAACCGCAGGACCAGAAUCCGCCUUCUACAACCCUCCCGAAUCUGAAUCGGAGCAACAAAACACCGUGCCCCCCACCGAUAGGUUCAAGUACCUCGACAAGGCGGCUAUUAUACUUGAUCCAAAUGAACUAAAUCCUGAAGGUUUUCCCGGCAACAAUUGGAGGCUCUGCAGUAUCCAACAAGUCGAAAGACUGAAAUGCCUAGUCGGGAUCGUCCCCGUUUGGUUCACGGGGAUCGCUUGUUUCAUCGCGAUGGACCAAAUGAACACGUUCGGAAUCCUCCAAGCCAUCCAGUCCAACACCACAAUCCACAACUUCAAAGUCCCACCCGGGUGGAUGGGGCUCACGUCGAUGAUCUCUCUCGCCACUUGGAUCUUCAUCUACGAGUGCAUAUACGUCGCUUGUGCCAGAAAAUUAACAGGAAAAGAGGACGUCAGGUUCUCCACAAAGCAGAAAAUCAGAGUCGGGAUCGUCAUGUCGAUCCUUUGCAUGCUUGUGGCAGGUUUCAUGGAAAGAAAACGUCGUGAAGCCGCUUUAGAAACCGGAUCUUUCGUUUCCCCUGUCAGCAUUGCCCUGCUUUUGCCCCAGUUUGUGUUGUCAGGUUUGCUGGAGGCUUUCGCAGCCGUGGCAAUAAUGGAGUUCUUCAACAACCAAGUUCCGGAAAGCAUGCGGAGCGUGGCCGGGUCCGUUUUCUUCCUCAGCCUGUCGAUGGCGAGUUACUUGAACUCGGUGCUCGUGAACGUGGUUCACGCGUUGAGCGGGAGGAAUGGGAGAUCCCCGUGGUUGGGGGGCCGCGACCUUAAUGCUAACAGGCUUGAUUACUUCUACUUCACCGUUGCCGCUCUGGGGGUUGUCAAUUUCGCCUACUUCAAUCUGUUUGCGCACCGGUACGUGUUUGUUGAUGUUGGUAGCAGGGAGAGAGAGGCGACCGAGAGAUUGAAUGAGCCGAGCCAAGUUCGUAACGUAAAUUCAACAGCACAAUUUUGCAAGCAAGUUUAAGGAUUAUAACUAUACAGCCACAGAAUACACGACAUUUUAGUGACAACUUCACUAUUGUCACCAAAAGUAUGAUUUUAGUGACGAUUUUUAAGUUGUCACCAAGAUUUUUUUGUC